UGAGUCAAAAACCUCUCCGAGGAAGUGUCAACGAAACUGAACAUCAUAACAUUUCCAGAGGAAGUACCUUUGACAGGAUCCAGUUGAAGAGCAAUGAAUGACUCCUUUGAAAACUAUACCGAUGACUAUGAGGAUGAAGUCUGUGAAAAGGGUGAGGUGGUCAAGUUUGGAUCCAUCGCCACUCCGGUGUUCUUCUCCAUUGUGAUCACUCUGAGCCUUACAGGGAACAUCCUCGUCCUAGUAAUCCUGGCUUUGUAUGAAAACCUCAAGUCUCUCACCAACAUUUUCAUCCUAAACCUGGCCAUCUCUGACCUCGUCUUCACCACCGGGCUCCCCUUCUGGGCAAUAUACCACAUCUGGGGAUGGGUGUUUUCAGAGCUCCUGUGCAAAAUUGUGACUUUUGUCUUCUUCACUGGGUUUUACAGCAGCAUCGUCUUCCUGACCAUCAUGACCAUCUACAGGUAUUUGGCCGUUGUCCACCCUCUGUCCAACCUGAGCUCACUGAGACCUAGCACCAGGGUGUUUGUGACUAUAAUACUGUGGAUGAUCAGCAUUGGAGCAGCCAUGCCCUCCCUGCUCUACAGCUCCCUAGUCUUGAUUCCCCGCAAAGGUGAACACUCCUGGGGCUGUGAAUACGAAACCUCCGUGUGGAAAAUCGUUGGUAUCUCUCAACAGAAUAUUUUCUUCUUAGUGGCGUUUGUAGUGAUGGCUUUCUGCUACAUUCGAAUACUGUGGCGAAUAACAAGAACAAGAUCCCACACAAAGAACAGAGCAGUGAAGUUAGUCUUCUGCAUCGUGACGGUGUUCUUCCUCGGCUGGGUGCCGUACAACGUGGUCAUCUUUCUGAGGAUUUUGGCCGACAAUUUGAUUGCACCAUUUCAUGACUGUGAUGCAAGUUUAGGGGUUGACUAUGCAUUCUACGUGUGCCGGCUCAUUGCCUUCUCCCACUGCUGCCUGAACCCUGUCUUUUAUGCAUUUGUUGGUGUGAAGUUUAGGAGUCAUUUGAAGUCAAUGCUGCACCGAAUGUUCAUUCGCCAAAGUCCAGUCGAAGAACAGCAGGUUAGACUGCAAAACUUCUCACGUGGAUCGAUGUACUAGUUGCUGUUUAAGUAUAUAACUUCCUUGCAUUUACAACAGCAUCUAGUGUGUAUUUGGUGAAGUGCUUUGUAGUGUAGGAACUGUUUUAUAUGUUCCCAUUUUAAGCAAGCUUCAAUCAACAUUCAAUUAUACAUUUUUCUGCAAAUCUUUACCCGUGUCUUUGUUCAACCUGUGGUAUAAUUUGUGGCUUGUUUUAUAUAUUUAUUGCAGCAUAUUUUUUAUUUACCCACACUUUAGAGGGAAGUUAUGUUUAUCGUGGACAUUUGGAAAUAUUAUGCAUUAGGAAGUGGAGCCAUUAUAGCAAAAAUAUGUCCAGAGUGCAAAAUGAUUUACACUGAUGUUCAUUCAAAAUUCACUUAUUAAUGUAAUUAUGUUGUAAAUGAUUGUGUAAAAUUCAUACACUGUAUCACUGCAUAGAACAUCUAUUUUAAAUGUUGGAAUUUCAUAUAAUUAAUUGUGUAAGCAAUUUGUUUUCUAUCCUUUUGUUUUAAUAAUAAAUAUGUUUGUAUAUAUAUAAAAGUCUGCCCAUAUUUGAACUGAUUUAAGCAUCAAUGUUCAGGUGAUUUACAGGUA